AUGUCUUCAAAAAUUUCUUACGUGUUAAUUCUUACCGUUUUCAUUGCAAGUUUAUUGACCCUAAUUGUUAAUGGAUCACCAGAUCCCCAAGAUACACCUUCUGUAUCUUUAACUACACCCAGCACUCCCACUCUUCCCGGAACUACACCAUCUAUCAAUCCUACUGAAACUACACCGCCUACCAUUCCAACAAUUCCAGGUACAUCACCCUUGAGUUCAAUUCCAGGAAGUACCAAUUCUUCGACUACUGAAACUGAGCCAACAACUGAUCCUUCAUCAACAUCUGCUCCACCUACUGCAGAUAAAUCUACUAGUCCCACUAAUUCCUCUGCAUCUUCCCCUCAAUUCAUGCCAAGAACUUUAUACGUUAUUGGAUUAUUGACUUUUAUUUUUGAAUUAUUUUUAAUUAUUGCUUAA